AUGCCUUCUAAAAAAGUCCUCAUUAUCCUCAGCGACGCCCACUCCUUCCCUCUCAAGAAAAACAGAGGAUCCGACGCUGGCAAGGUCGUCGACCAACCGUCGGGAUUCUUCCUCCAUGAACUUGCAAAGCCAUUACAGAAAAUCCUCGACGCAGGACACGAGGUGACAUUCGCCUCGCCCAAAGGUCUCCAACCCGCUCCAGAUCCAAACAGCGAAUCCCUCAUCGCCUACGCCGGCAAUUUUUAUGAGCGCCAGCGCGAAUUUGAUCUCAUGGAACGCAUGAAGCGUGAAAACGGAUUCAGUAGCCCACGACCGUUCAGCACCAUCAGCGACGAUGAGUUGGCCACCUUUGCGGCGGUCUUCAUUCCGGGUGGACACGCUCCGCUUCAGGACCUCGGUGCGGAUGCGGAACUAGGACGCAUCCUGCGUUAUUUCCAUAAGGAGAACAAGCCCACGGCUGUCAUUUGUCAUGGUCCUUAUGCGCUGCUGAGUACGAAGAAGGCGGGGGAUGGGUCGUUUGUUUAUGAUGGAUACAAGAUUACCUCAUUUAGUGAUGCGGAAGAAAAAAUGAUGGAGACAUUAUGGGGCGGCGAGGUCGAGAAGGUGGAGUCGGCGUUGAAAAACGAAGGAGCGGUGAUGGUGGAGGGUGUUCACGAGAAAACUGGUGGUACCACGUUGCACCGGGAGCUGGUCUCUGGGGGUAACCCUUUGGCGGCGAAUGCCCUGGGUGAUCGGUUUGUGAGAAUGAUCAGUGUGUAA